AUGCAUACGGAUGUUGGAAGAAGUGGAGAACGUGCUAAAGAAAGACGUGAUGAAACAGAUGAUGGCAGUGAGAAAGCAGAUAGAAUGAGCCGUAGAGUUUGGAGUGGCGAAUGGCGCAAUUCAAACUUAAAGCCGCAGUCAUCAUCUGCAAAUCAGAUCACAGGAAAAUUAAGAACAAGAGGAAAAUCAAGCGGAAAAAGCAGACGUGAAUGGUACCGGAGGAGAAACCAAUACCAGUAUUUGGAUAAAGGAAGAAAUGUUGGAAAAGGAGUAAAUAAAAAUUAUUAUUGGAACGGAGACAAAUAUAGAGGAUCCGAAAGACAAGUAAGAGCUCCUGGAGGACCACGAGGCGGAAGAAAAUGGACAAAUGGAAGACAAGAAUAUAGAACCGGAAAAGCAGCAAGAAAUAUCCAUUUACAUUUUCAACUUUAA